GAGACUUUCCAUGUUGUCUGAUACGUCCAAAAUUGGGUGCAUCAAAUUUUUAUUCCAGAAACAACGACGUCUCAGACGGCCGCACCAGAGCUCCAUCAACAUCUUCUGCAUCAUUAAGUUACUCAGCCCGACUUCUCAGCAGUGCAGCACCUCCGCUCUCAGAAUCAUCAUGCCGAAUUCUGACUUCUACCGUGUUCUCAAGCUCAAGCUCAAGCUUGCUAUGCAGGAUCCUGACAUGCUGGGGCCCCGAUAUCACACCAUCAUCUUCGUCGAGACAGAGGUGAAAGGCCCUGGCAGCGGGAUGAAGCACCACGUAACGGGUGACAUCGUCAAUGGCAUGCAAUAUGAGUCAAUCCCAUAUCACAUCUCCGACCAAUGGGAAGAUCUCGCCUUCAAAGAGGUCAUCGGCUACACGAAAGCUUCGACCUAUCCAACGGAAUGGGAUAGCCUUCUUAGUGAUCUCCCGCCGCCGCCAAAACAAAAGGCUUUCAACAUCAAAACUAUGAAGACUGAACCAGUCAAGUCUUGGGAUCCUUUGACUUUCUACAAACCUGGAGAGCCCCGUCGGCCGCUGGUAAAGUGCACCGAGUGGGUAGAACAGCAAGCAAUUCCUAGCCUUAUUGGCCAGGGCCUUGUUCAAAGUGAGAAUCAGCCGUCUUGAACAAUUCCAGCAGAUUAUUUCCCACAUCAGUUAAAUGAAUGAGGAAUAGAGAGGAUUAAGUUUAGCUCAAUUAACCUCAGUUCAAGAUAGAAAUAUCUCACAAGCAUGAAAGCUUUGCUCUCCAGCUGGUGUAACGCAGGCCCAACGGCGGCAUGACCCAUCACGCUACCCUAUGCUUAUUAACGCUGAUCAUAAGUUGACUGAGCAGACAAAUGCAGUUUCUCUUCGUUGGAGGAAAUUCCUUGCCCAUGCGCGAGCUGUUCGUAUGGUUCCGCCCCCCCAAUCCCUUCCACAAGCACCACGCAGCAUAUCAACCUGGCCCAAAU